GCGUCCGGGCACGCAGCAUUUUCUCUGUAGAUCACCGGCAGAUCGCAGCGUUUGAGCCGGAGCUCCAGACACUGAGCAACGUCAGAUGGCUUAGAGCGGCGCCUCGCUGGGAGCGUGGUCCCUCGCCUGCUGCAGGAGCAGAAAGGUGUUUUUGUUCCUCCAGCGCCGGCAGACUGGAUGCAGCUCACAUGAGCGACCGUUCUUCUUCACCGGGGACAGGAACUGCGUGGGGAUGAGGCUGAGAGGGAGCAGGAAGCUGCUGCUGAUGGUCAUCCUGCUGGAGUUUACCAACGACGUCUGGACGCUGCCGGCUCCUGGGAGCGUCUUCAUGGACUCGGCCAACAUGAGACACGUCCUGAGGUGGACGCAGCCCAAGGCCUCCUGCAACACCACGCUGCUCUACUCCGUCCAGUACCAGGGGGAGUUUGAGCUCCACGUGAAGAACGGCAGCUGGAUGAAGACCCCUGACUGCCAGAGGAUCGCCCUCGCUCACUGCGACCUGACCCUGGACCUGGGCUCCGACUCCGACUACAACCUGCGGGUCCAGGCGCAGUGUGGCUCCAAGCUCUCAGUCUGGGCCAAGUUCCAGUUCAACAGGAACAACGUGACGCCUCCCGUUCCAGAGAUAAAGGUGACGACGGCAGGCGAUGCUCUUCUGGUGUCGAUCCGAAAGUUUCCUCUGACGGCCGCCACCAGAGUGAAGGUGUGGAAGAACGAUGAAGAGCAGCAGGCCGAGGAUUAUUCGCUGCCAGCGGACCAGGAGGCGCUGAAGGUCCCCGACCUGCAGGAGGGAGCCGUGUACUGCGUCAGGGCUCAGGUUUUCCUCAAGUCAGGCAUGCAGAGUGGAUACACCGACCGGCACUGCGUGUCCAUCACAGGUCCCGGGGCUCCGGCGUGGAAGCAGCCAACCGCUGUGACUGUGACUGUGGUCAUCAUGUUGGGUCUCUUGGUUGUUCUGUUCUGGUCCGUCAUCCACUGCCCUCCAGGCUCCUGUCAGAAGUACUUCCAGAAGGAGCCGCUGCCACCGUCUCUGAAAGAAAUCUCUGGUCUCCAGAUCACGAUCCACCAUCAGGGGGAGGAACUCUGUGAGGACACCCCCCGCCUGCUGAGUGCUGCACAAACGUGACUGAGGCGCACGCUGCGACCGCCACACGUUGGAAGAGGACGGCUAAAAGCUGAUUGGAACGCAACGCCAAGGAACCUGCUUUCAUCAACAAUGCCCCGCAGCGAGGAUUGACCAGGUCAGGUCCAGGUCCAGAUCAGCUUCAGGUUCAGGUCUGGGUCUGGGUCCAGGUCCAGCUGGCUGAAGGAGGCGGUUCAGGAGGUCCUUCCUGGUUUAAUGAAGACACAGAAGCUGCAGGUGGAUGGACAUGAUGACCGUCUCCAGCAGGACUGAAUGUUGUGCAGAGCAAGAAGGUCAAAGUUCACUUCCACAGCAUCUUUAUUUAUAUCUUUUCUUUUCACAGGCAGUCGAAUAUUUGCCAGCUGACACAGACAGAAGAGACGAUUCAUUGAGUAAAGCCAUAAAAAACUGCCUGUAAAAGAUUAAAAACACUGUUUGUUUUUACAAAUUUCAAGGAAAUGCUUUUAAAUGUUUUUAUGUAUAAAAGUUGUAUAUAACAUUUUCCUACCUCUCUUAAAGAACCAGGUUUUACAGGUUCUAUGUUUUUAUCUUCCCACCCUAACAGGUUCAUCAUUAAAGCUGACCUGAUCUACCAGGGGGAUUUUACAUCAGAUAAAAAGGUUACAGAUCCUCUGGAUCACAAUGUCAUGGGGGGGGGGGGGGGGGGGGUGAUAGCACGGCACAGUUAGAUGUGUGUUUACUAGAUAAUGAAGGAGUUUUACUGUUGAACUGUUAUUCAAAGGGCAGCAUUACUGUGUCAUUUUAUUUCAAAGAUUAUUAUGAGUGAGUUAUUGUUUAGUCAUAAAAAUGUGUGUGAAAUACAUGAUUAGGAUGUUAUUUAACACGUUAAUGUUACGACUAAACCUAACCUUAACACUGGACAUCCAUGGACGAUUGUUUGCCCUAAUUUAACCUAGAAAAGCCAUAAAGGCUGGAGGUUUUUAUUUCACAUCCAAACUUUACUCCAAAGAAAUAUGCUGUGUUGCCUUUUUGAUCAACAAUAACAGCUUUUCAGCCACAUUUACACUUCAUUGACCUACAAAGCAAACCUGGCUUUUCUGCCUCGUUUCAUUCAGAGGGUAUUAAAGGUUUCUGUGUGUAAGGCUUUAAAAAACAUCACAAAUUCAUGUUUGUCAUCCUGAUUUGAUUGAUUUAAAGAAACGUACGGCUUCCCCCAUAAAAAUCACAAAAGCUUGAUGUUGGGAACAGCGCUUUCUGGAGACUAAAACAAUUAUUUGUUAAAGAGCUUUUGUUUUCAUUUACCUUCAAGUUGUAUUACGUUUUUUUAAGGGAUGACAUUUAAAAUAUGUUUGUUUUGUCAAUUUAAACAUGCAAAAAGGAAAAACAGAAUUCUUACUUUUAUUGUAUAAUUAUUCUCCUGUAUGUUCAGCCUAGUUUUGUCAAGGUUUAUUAAAAGACAUUGUUACAUGUCAGUGGUUCAACAAAAGAAAAACUUGAAUAAACUGCAUGAUUCAAAGCA